AAUCUAUCUACCCUGGAACCAAGUUUUCUUGUAGUAUUCCCACCUUUAAAUGUACUUGCUGGACUUCUUUUCGCAACACACAUCAACUAGUUCUUCAGAGUGAUGUUUUUUAGUUUGAAAAUCUUAUUCUCCAAAAUUUCAUCAAGAAAUAAAUAUGAUUACGAGCAUAGAUGCUAUUGUAGGUGUAGCUAAGGAAUUUGUUUGGCCAUGGAGUUGCAAAGAGGAAGACGGAAACAUCAGCGGAGAAAACAGGAACAUUAUCGGUGUGGUGAGUGUUCUACUGCUCAUUGCAAAAUAUCUUACUGGUACAUAUUUCGAAAUAAGAAACUAAAAUUACCACCGGGGCCUCGUGGGUUACCGUUAAUCGGAAACCUUCUUUCUCUAGAACCCAAUCUGCAUGUAUACUUUGCGAAUUUAGCUGAAGUUUAUGGUCCAAUUGUGAAACUUCAAGUGGGUAGCAAAAUAUUUUUAGUAGUAAGUUCUACUUCACUGACGAAAGAAGUUCUAAAAGACAAUGAUGCAAUCUUUGCAAACCGUGAUGCCCCGGUUGCGGCGUUAGUUGCAAGUUAUGGUGGUGUAGAUAUAGGCUGGAGUGCUAGUAAUUCAGAAUGGAGAAAACUUCGGAAAGUUUUUUCCCAUGAAAUGUUGAGCAACAAAAGUCUUGAUUUAAGUUAUGGAUUACGGAGAGACGAAAUGCGAAAAACAGUUAGUGAUAUACACAGACGGAGGAUCGAUACACCGAUAAAUUUUGGCGAGGAAGUGUUUAUAAUAAUUCUUAAUAUGAUUAUGGGAAUGUUAUGGGGUGGUACACUCCAGGCAGAAGAGAGGUCUAAGGUUGGUGCUGAGUUUCAGAAAGUGAUUGGUGAACUGGUUAAGCUGAUUGGGAGAACUAACGUAUCGGAUGUCUUUCCGGCUCUUAAAAUCUUUGACAUACAAGGAAUCGAACGUGAAGCAAAAGUUCUUUGUCUGUGGCUAGACCGGAUAAUGGAUUCUGUUAUCGACCAGCGGGUGAAAUUGAAUGACACGGACCAGACUUGCCAGAGCAAAGACAGCAAAAAGGAUUUCUUGCAACUUCUUUUGGAGCUCAUGGAACAAAAGGAUCCUAAAACGCAAAUAACUAAGACCCAGCUGAAGGCCUUAUAUUUGGACAUUGUUGUGGCUGGUACAGAAACAACAUCAACAACCAUAGAGUGGGUAAUGACAGAAAUGAUGCAGCAUCCGGAGAUUAUGGAACGAGUACAAGCAGAGAUAGACCAAGUAGUAGGAACUAACAACACCGUGGAUGAAUCUCACUUAUCAAAGCUUCAUUACUUGGAUGCGGUUGUGAAAGAAACAUUCAGGUUACACCCAGUUGCACCCCUUUUAAUUCCUCAUUCUCCAAGUUCGCCAUGCGAAAUUGGAGGUUACAUUAUCCCGAAAGGCGCUACGGUGUUUUGUAACGCUUGGGCAAUGCAACGUGAUCCAGAAUCUUGGAAUGAAUCGAAUGAUCCGUUAACAUUCCAACCUGAAAGAUUUUUGGAUGACGGAGAUGUUAAAAAGUUCGAUUACAAUGGUAAGAAUUUCAGCUAUCUUCCAUUUGGAUCUGGAAGAAGAAUUUGUGCUGGAAUUCCUUUGGUUGAAAGAAUGUUAACAUAUGUUUUAGCCUCUCUGUUGCACUCAUUCGACUGGGAAUUACCUAGAGAUACGAAACUUGAUGUUGCGGAAACAUUUGGGAUUGCGUUAAAGAAAUCGACUCCCCUUGUUGUUAUUCCUACACCAAGAAUAGUUAAUCUUGAGCUUUACAUGUAACAAAGCAGCAGUCGGUUUCAUUGAUACAAUGCUGAAUAAAGUCUUCUGUAAGUUAGUUUUGAUAAGGAAUAAAAGUCUCUUU